GCAACAGUAGCCACGCUAACCAUGACGAUGGACUCGUCCAGUCUUCUCCAAGUCGGUCUCGCUUCGUCGCUGCGCACGGGCCAUUUUCUACUUGACGCGGGCAUCUGUCUCCUCCUCCCCGUUCUCUUUUCGUUCCUUUUUGCGUCCGAGUCGUCCACCUCAUGGGCCGAGUCGUUCGACAAGCUCCUCGUGUGCCUCGGUGUAGCGCCCCGCCGCGUCGUCCGCGUCAUCCAAACCAAGAUUCGCAUCGGCACCUUUCGUACGACCUACAACGACUCGGAACACAGCCAUCUCUUGCAGCGUGCAAUCGCCUACUACUUAAGCUCGACGGUCGACAUGGCGUCAAAGUGCACCGCUCGCCUCGAGCUUGUCACGGGUUUGAACGCCGUGUCCAGGCUCGAACCCGAUGCGCCGACCAAGGAGCCGAGCUCAUUUCGCGAUCCGGUGCCCAGCCCCGACAUCACGAUGCUAGAAAUUCACGCUCUUCCGCCGCUUCGCGAGUGGAUCGACGUGGCCCCCGAGAUUGCACUUUACCACGAGAUUGACGACCAUUCGACGCAGCGUCAAGGGCGGUCGGACAGCGACGAGAAGUGUACCACCGUGAAGUACAAGCUUCGGUCGUUUGCACCCGACGGAGCAGCGCGCAUCAACGCAUUUGUCGACAAGGCCUUUGCAUCGUACCAAGAUGCGAUCGUCGCCCAGAAGCUCCGGGACAAGACGCGGUACAUGUACGUUGCGGCGCAGACACCAGUGGCAACGACGACGGGCACGGACGCGAAACCCAUUGUGCCGCUCUCGUCCUUUAGGCGCUAUGCGUUGAGCGACCACAAGACGUUCGACAGUCUCUUCUUCUCGUCCAAGACCUCGCUCCUCGAUCUCCUCGACACGUUUACGGCCAAGAAAGGCAAGUACGCCAUCCAAGGGUUCCCCCACAAGCUCGGGUUCCUGCUCCACGGGCCACCGGGCACAGGCAAGACGAGUCUCAUCAAAGCGAUUGCGCAGUACACCAAGCGCCACAUCGUCAACAUUUCGCUCGCAAAUGUCAAGACAAACCAAGAGCUCAUGGACUACAUGCUCGAUCUGCGCAUGAACGUACCAGGCGAAGACAUGCCAAUCAAGCUGAGCUACGACAAGGUGGUGUUUGUGAUGGAAGACGUUGACUGCGCGUCCGAGGUCGUCCAUGCGCGCAAGGACGUUGCCUCUGCAGUCGAGCCGGUGGUCGUCGAGCCGACGGCUUCGUUUGGCAGCACGGUGAUCACGCUCGCCCAGCCCCAAGACAAGUGUGUCGUGCAUGAUGGGCUCAACCUGAGCGGCCUCCUCAACGUACUCGACGGUGUUGUCGACAUGUCGGGCCGCAUCCUCAUCAUGACGUCCAACCACCCCGAGAAGCUCGACCCGGCGCUCAUUCGCCCUGGCCGCAUCGACGAGCAGCUGUACAUGGGCGUCAUGGACGCUACCCAAGCCACGCUCAUGGUGCAGCACUACUUUGCGACGACGUUGACGACCGACGAGAAAGAUGAGAUUGAGAAUGCUGUCACCAAGUGCGCGAUAUCGCCCGCGCAAGUCGAGAACCUCUGCGCCAAGCACCGCGACCUCCACGACAUGCUCACUGCGUUGACGGCCCAUGCUGACAUGUCGUUCUAAGACCAUUUUGCUCCUCUGACUCUGUCAUACAUCACCAACGCUGACUUUAAAAUGUGAUAACAUGGCUAAUGUUGCUAUCAG